GGCUCAUUUGCAGACAUAUGGGUGAUUGGUACAGUAGGUUUAUAAACAGAAGUUUAAACUUGUAAGCUUAAGCUUCCGUUUAUAAACAGAAGUUUAAAAUUAUAGGUCCUGUUUAACAUUCAGCUGUGUUAACCCACUCUCAUCUUUCUGUGGUUUUACACUUUGUCAAGAUUUCUUUACAUAUUCAUCAAUGUCUGAAGAAGUUACUUAUGCAGAUCUUAAAUUCCAGAACUCCAGUGAGACAGAAAAAAUCCAAGAAAUUGGCAAAUUUGGGGAAAAAGCACCUCCAGCUCCCUCCCGUGUAUGGCGUCCAGCAGCCUUGUUUCUGACUCUUCUGUGCCUUCUGAUGCUCAUUGGAUUGGGAGUCUUGGCAAGCGUGUUUCGCAUAACUUUGAAGAUAGAAAUGAAAAAAAUCAACAAACUACAAAACAUCAGUGAAGAGCUCCAGAGAAAUGUUUCUCUGCAACUGAUGAGUAACAUGAAUAGCUCCAACAAGAUCAGGAACCUCUCCACCACACUGCAAAUAGUAGCCACCAAAUUAUGUCGUGAGCUAUAUAGCAAAGAGCAAGAGCACAAAUGUAAGCCUUGUCCAAGGAGAUGGAUUUGGCAUAAGGACAGCUGUUACUUCCUCAGUGAUGAUGUCCAAACAUGGCAGGAGAGUAAAAUGGCCUGUGCUGCUCAGAAUGCCAGCCUGUUGAAGAUAAACAAUAGAAAUGCAUUGGAAUUUAUAAAAUCCCAGAGUAGAUCACGUGACUAUUGGCUGGGAUUAUCUCCUGAAAGAGAUUACAUUUCUGCUGAGAGCGUGGAUAAUAUAAUCAACUCCUCUGCCUGAAAAUAUCAGAUGAAGAAAGAAACCAGAGUCUCAACCUGCUGGACACUAUUGGAAGUCCAUCAUUUAACACAUGUUUUUAGUAUAUAUUUUUAGCAGGAGACAGCUCUGAGUGACUGUGUUGAGGUGCCACCACAAGUGAGUUUAGGCACUCAGAUCCCUGCAUACUCAUCACAUUGGGCCAUAAUGGCAAAUAGAAUUUUUGUUUUAUUUUGUUGUGUUUGUUUGCUUUUUCCUUCAGAUAGAAAUAGUAAGUGUAGGAGUGUGGGUCAGAAAGACAAGGCAGCCCUACCUCUGGUGGUUGGCAAUGAUAGGAUACAAUGGGAGAUAAGCUAUCUACAAAUGGAGUGGAGAAGGAUAUAUAUUUUAAAGGCCUAAUUUGUAGUGAAAGACUAGAGACAAAGGUAAUGUGUGUGUCAGGAGAGAGUACAGAUGGAAUCUUGUUUUGAAAAUGUAGAAUAUGUAUGUGUUUGUAAUUAUUGCAAAUGGAAUGGUAAUCUAUAAUGGAAUGGAAAACAUUGUAGAUAUUUUCAAUUACCAAAAAGAAAACUGAAAAAGUAUAUAAUAAUUGUAUGUAUGAUAUAUAUGUGUGUGUGUAUAUAUGUAUGUAUAUAUAUCUCUUCACUUUUUAACUCUGUGUUGUUUUGGGGUUUGUUUCUGAAAGGGGGCUGUAAUAAAUGACAUCUGUGCUAUGUCACCACAAAUAAAUCUCAUUCUUAAACAUUUAAUUGAUGAACUUA